ACUUCGAAUGGUUGCCUCUUCCCUCCACCGGUUCUUUGCCAACACCGCAUUGCAACGCCUUAAUGGCACAUUUGCGCGAGUAUUUGCACGCUGCAGUACCACCUCCGUCGACACAUGACGAAGUAGCGGUUGUUGAUCUUCGUAACUAUCUAGCGAAGAUCGACCGCGAGUAUGCAACACAAUGGUACAUCGAUAUCGACGCGCCGCUCCUCUACAUCCGCAUUCAGAUCGGAAAGGCGACCUGCAGUGCCUUGAUCAAUUGUGGAGUGACUCGCAACUACAUCAGCCAAGACUUCAUGGCACGCGUCGGGCUUGGCCCGCGCGGUCGAAGGAAAAGUCAGCCGACGCACGUCAUGUUGGCCGAUGGUCACACGCAACAGUCAAUCGACCGAUGCGUUGACUUGGUGCCCGUGUACAUUGCCCCGCUAGCAUGCGAGGCCGUGUCAUUCGACAUAUUGGACAUUAAGUUCGAUAUGAUCUUAGGCAUGUCGUGGUUGCAAAGCGAAAACCAUCCGGUGAACUUCUAUCGACGCACCGUUCACCCCAAGACGGAUACGUCAGACCCACGCAUCAUUGAGCUGUUGGACAACUAUGAGGAUGUCUUCCAAGCUCCCGCCGGAGUAGUACCGGAUCGGCCCAUAUGCCACGGGAUCACUCUCGAGGACGGUGCCGUACCUCCACGCGGAUGUAUCUACUGCAUGAGCGAAGAGGAGCUUCAAGUGCUUCGGGCACAACUAGACGACCUCUUGGCCAAGGGCUGGAUUCGCCCUAGCUGUUCGCCAUACGGUGCCCCCGUUCUCUUCGUCCAGAAGAAGAACAAGGACCUUCGUUUGUGCAUCGACUAUCGGAAACUUAACGCGCAAACGAUCAAGAACGCCGGCCCUCUCCCUCGGAUCGAUGAUCUUCUCGAGCGACUAGGCGGCGCCAAGUACUUCUCGAAGCUCGACCUCAAGUCCGAAUAUCACCAGAUCGAGAUCCAGCCAAGAGAUCGGUACAAAACCGCAUUCAAGACGCGGUAUGGGCACUUUGAGUGGAUCGUCAUGCCUUUCGGUCUCACCAAUGCCUCGGCUACUUUCCGAGCGGCUACGACGACGGAAUUCCGCGACUUGCUCGACCGCACCGUACUCAUUUACCUUGAUGAUAUCUUGGUUUAUAGUCGGACGCUGGACCAGCACCUCGAGCACCUUCACGCCGUGUUGGAGCGGCUCCGUAUCGCCAAGUACAAGGCAAAUUGCGACAAGUGCGAGUUUGCCCAGCAAGAGUUGGAGUACUUAGGCCAUUAUGUUAUGCUGCAAGGCAUUUGUCCACUCCCGGACAAAGUACAAGCCAUUCAAGAUUGGCCGGACCUCAAGUUGACUACGAAUGCUUCCGGCUACGACAUUGACACGGUUUUGGAACAGCAUGACAACACAGACUGGCAUCCGGUUGAGUACUUCAGCCAAAAGGUGCCACCCAUCAACACUCUUCAUGAUGCGAGGAAGAAAGAACUGCUAGCUUUUGUCACCGUACUUAAGCGUUGGCGUCACUUUCUCCUCGGGCGUCGGCGAUUCACGUGGGCAACAGACAACAAUCCGUUGACUUAUUGCAAGACGCAAGACAUGGUGAGCAGCACGAUCGGUCGAUUGAUGUACUUCAUUGACCAGUUCAACUUCACCUCCAAGCACAUUUUGGGCUCCUCGAACAAGGCAGUGGAUGCUCUCUCACGAAGACCAGAUCUUUGCGCCUUGGUGCACUCCACAUUCGGCCUCGACGAGAACCUGCAACAGCAUUUCGUAAACGGCUACAAGUCGGAUCCGGGAUUCUCCACACUCUAUGCGGACUUAUCAUCGGAUCACCUGCCAACAAGCAAUUAUCGCAUUGUCGACAGCUACUUGCUUCUCCAUACACGAGGCAAGGACUUGUUGUGUGUUCCCCAAGACCACAUCUUGCGCACUCGCCUCCUUGGCGAAUACCACAAUUCGCGGUUGGCGGUACACCUUGGCGUCGCACGCGCACUCGCACGACUCUUCCAGCGAUUUCACUGGUCGGACAUCAUCGGCGACGUCAACCGGUACAUUCAGUCAUGUGCAGUUUGCCACUGGAACAAAGGGCGCUAUCAGCUCCCGUACGGCGAACUGAAACCAUUACCGAUUCCUCGGGAACCAGGUCUUUCCAUUGCUAUGGAUGUGACCGGUCCUUUCCCUCGCGAUCGCCUUGGCCAUGAUGGUAUUCUCACGGUUGUUGACCGUUUGAGCAAGUACGCUCGAUUUCUUCCGUCCAAGUAUCAUGCGACAGCUCCCGAGCUCGCACGACUUUUGCAUACUGGCUGGUUUUGCAGCCACGGCGUUCCGGAAGACGUCGUCAGCGACCGCGACACUCGUUUCAUGUCAGGCUUUUGGACGACACUCAUGGUGGAAUCCGGCACCAGCAUGAAACCGAGUUCCGCAUAGCAUCCUCAAACGGAUGGGCAAAUGGAACGUGCGCACCAGACUGCG